GCCGGGGACGCCCCAUCGCCUCGCCCUGGCACUGGCGGUGACUCGCGGCUGGGCGCCCCGCGGCGCCCGCACCCCAGGAGGGCAUGCGCCCCUCUUCGGGUCCCCAGCGCCCAGAGGUGCCCAGGCCGCCGACUGACUCCUCCCCCGGGACUCUGCCCUCUGGGCGCGCGUCACUCUUCCCACCCCUGGUCGGGACCCCGGCGCCCGUGCCACGCUGGGACGAGUCGCGGCCACCGGCGGGAGCCGCGGAGCCCGGGCGCGCCGCCCGCCCGCGAUCCGCGCAGCGCCCGGGGCCCAUGGAGCUGCGCGCCGGCAACGCCAGCUGCGAGAACGGUUCCCUGAUCAGCCUCUACUGCUCUUCCCAAGAAGUCCUGUGUCAGAUCGUCAGUGGCCUUAACCCUGAGGUGCCCAAAAAUGCCACCUUGGACACCUGGCAGGAAAGGAUCAGGAAGAACUAUGGUUUCUACAUCGGCUUGGGCCUGGCCUUCCUGUCCUGCUUUCUCAUCGGCACCAGCGUCAUCCUCAAGAAGAAGGGCCUCAUUAGACUGGUGACCAGUGGGGCCACCCGGGCUGUGGACGGAGGCUAUGGCUACCUGAAGGACACCAUGUGGUGGGCUGGAUUUCUCACCAUGGCUGCUGGAGAAGCUGCCAACUUCGGAGCCUAUGCAUUUACACCUGCAACGGUCGUCACACCGCUGGGAGCACUAAGUAUCCUCAUAAGUGCCGUGUUCUCCUCGUAUUUCCUGGGAGAGAGACUGAAUCUGCUGGGGAAGUUGGGCUGUGCCAUCUGUGUGGCUGGCAGCACAGUGAUGGUGAUACAUGCCCCUAAAGAAGAGAGCAUCACUACUGUCACAGAGCUGGCUUCCAAGAUGAAAGACACAGGGUUCAUUGUCUUUACUGUGCUUUUGAUGGUGUCCUGCCUCAUCCUUAUCUUCAUCAUCGCCCCACGUUAUGGACAAAGGAAUAUCCUCAUUUACAUCAUCAUCUGCUCUGUGAUUGGGUCCUUCUCUGUGAUUGCUGUCAAGGGCCUGGGCAUCACCAUUAGGAACUUCUUUCAGGGGUUGCCAGUUGUGCGGCACCCUCUGCCCUACAUCCUGUCCCUCAUCCUGGGACUUAGCCUCAGCACUCAGGUCAACUUCCUCAACAGGGCACUGGACAUUUUUAAUACUUCCCUGGUAUUCCCCAUCUACUAUGUGUUCUUCACUACGAUGGUUGUCACCAACUCCGUUGUCCUGUUCAAGGAGUGGUACAGCAUGACCGCUGAGGACAUUGUGGGCGCCCUGUCUGGCUUUGUCACCAUCAUGUUGGCUGUGUUCAUGCUUCAUGCUUUCAAAGACUUGGAUAUCAGUCACACCAACUUGCCCCAUAUGCACAAAACCCCCACCCCACCUCCCGCCCCAGAGCCCACCGUCAUCAGACUGGAAGACAAGAACAUCCUUGUGGACAAUAUAGAACUUGCCAGCGCCCCAUCACCAGAAAAGAAGCCCAAGGUAUUUACAAUCCACUCAUAAAGCAUGGAAUACACAAGUGAGAGGAUGGGCCUGAUGGUGCAGCCUGAACUCUCAGUGUUAGAACUACCAGGUCAUUUCAGCACAACUGCUGCCCAUGGGCUAUGUCUUCUUGACAUGUUGAUUUAUACCUCAUCGCUGUUUUGAGGAGAAAAAAUUCCCUACCCGAUAAGUGGUGGCCAUAGCACUUCCUGGAAAUAGCCUCAGUGACCAAGUUGACAUGGGAGCCAGCAGGUACCCUGGGCCUCCUUCUCACUGCUGUUCUCUGCACCAUCUCCAUGUCAGGAGAGGACAGAAUAGGACUUGUUGAAUGUAGCCCAGUCCAAGAACUCCCUGAGAGUCUGGGCCUCAGGAAAUCCUUCACACCAAUUCUCCUCCCCAGACCGAGUCUCUGUUCCUCAGCCCAAUAAUGCAAUAGAGCUGACUCCCAAAAGUCCAGAGCAGUUUGUUAGCCUCCCCAUCUGGAGGCCACGGGUACACAAGCAAUGCAAAGUACCCUGUUGCUUUUGCCAUUUAUUCUAGGAGACAGAAAGAGGACCCUAGCUGACUUUCUUACUGUGAAAGCCACCUGAUGUCUCAGGGAAGUUUCACUCAGCCCCUUCCCAAGCAUUCAAGCCUGGUGGUCAGCAUCUUGGUGUCUUUUGCUCCACUGCACUGCCACCCCUUCCCUCUCAGUGCACAUCCCAAGGAGCCAGUCACUGAGACAGGCAGGCUAUAAUCCUACAACUCAAAACAGCAACAGCAGCAACCAUAACAAAUGCCUCACAGUCAGGCUCUGCUAGCCAAACCUGUCUCAUUUUGCCUUGCUCUGGAAGGAGAACAGCAGCUGCACUGCUCAUAAUGGUGCCCCGGCUGUGGAGCUGGAAUCUGACAGGAUGCACUUUCCUCAUUCUCAAGAGGUCAACCACAACAUGAUUUGGGAAGGAGGGGAAAAGGUGUGGAGUCAGGGCUCAGCAAAAGGAACUUAAGAGUAUCUGGACAUGAGGGGCUAGCCUUUGGGUUUUCUCUGCUGCACCACCAGGAACCCAGGCAUAAAAGGCUCCAGAGAUUUCUGGGCCAUAGCCUUAGAGGCUUGGCCAGUGGGACCAGCUGUGAAUCUCAGCUCAGACCAAGUAGGGUGCAGGCCUGGUUGGCAUAGCAUGCCUGGGGGCUGUUGAUCAGAUUUGCCACUGAGUCCCCAGUUCCACUGGUGAGCUGCCCACACGGAAGCAGCACACCAUGACUUACCCAACACCACCUGCUGUGGGGACUGCCUUUGUCCCUCACAUUUGGCCAGAGGCAUCCAUAGAAAGAGCAGCUGAGGAGAUGUAAUUGUUACCCCUUCCCCUUUUCUAGCUGCAAGAGCGUGAAGGGAACAAGGACCACGGAAAGGGACGUUAAGGAGCCAGUUCAUCAGAACAAGGGAAGACUAGAUCCUCAGCCCCACACUGAUGCUCAGACCCUCACACAAGUCCCUGCCUGCGUUCUGUGUUCACAUCUCCUGCCCUAAGUGUGGCUGAGCCCACACCACUCCUGCUGGCCUUGGAGCUCCAAAGGCUCAGUGGACCCACAUUCUGGCUAUUGCAUCUCUAGCCUCAAAUCCCCGGUUUGUUUUGGGGUUUUUUUUUUGGUACUGGGGAUCGGAUUCAGGACCUUGUGCUUGUGAGGCAGGCGCAGCGCCACUAAGCUACAUCCCCAGCCCUCCCCAGUUUUUAAUGAAUGUGAUUUCUCUCUGUGACUAAUAUCAGUGCAACGCUACAGAUCUCAAGAAUGACAGUAAACUGAGAGCCCUGAGAGUGUGAACUGAAGGGUUAACAAUACAAACUUCAGAGUUGUUUAUUUGACAUGUGCGCCUUGAACUUCUCUGGAUGUGUAACAAUUAAAUUUUUUCUUCUGGUGCUGGGAGAUCAGUCCCCAGUCUGAAAGCAGGGCUGCCAAGAGAAGCCCUCUAGCAUCUUCUGUGUCUGUGCUGUCACUCAGAGUGGGACAAGCUGCUUUGAGAAGAGUCCACUGAGGACAACUUAUCCCUAGUUAAACCUGGAGUCCUUGCCAGGCACCAAGAAUAGUGGCUGAUCCAUGUGAAUUGUUUUUUCAAUGCCUUUGAAAUUCCCAAGGUAGAUAUAUUUUUUUAAUCCAUAAUUUAUGUAUCCAGAAAGGGACUUGGGUUAAAUAAUUGGCCAAGGUCACAUGGCCAGGAGGCGAUGAAGCUACUCUCUGGUUCCAAGACCGCAGUCUCAACACCAGGUAACAGUGUGUCUCCCCAAAACAUGAUAUUUGACCCCUCCUGCAUAAUCUUCAUUUACUACUACUACUACUACCAUGACUACUACCAUAUUUCCUCGCGAUCUGUGCUGUACAUCUUCAUCUGAAUGUAAACUCCACGAGAGCUUGCCUUGAUUUACUGCUUAUCCUUGGUACCUAGUACAUAGUAGGCAUUCA